CCCCGAGUCCGCCUUUCAUUCUUCUUUCCUCCCUUUCCUCUCCAAAUUUCACCGCCACGCCUGCAUAUAUUAGUAUAUGAAAGCCUCCUCGUCUUCUUCGCCUCGCCCUUUUAUUUUUCCUUCUCCUUCUCUUGAAUCUCUGCCACCCACUUGCUGUUUAGUGAAAGAUUCUUCAAAAAGAGAAAUUUGGGUUGAAGAUUGAUCUGUUAUUUCUGUCUUCCUGUGCAAUUUCUCAUCAAUUGGACACGGCAGCCUAAAAGCAUUUGGUUUGGGGGGUAAUUAAUGGACAUACUGAAGCAGGAGUUACUGAAAAAGCGCCAGAGUUUAGCUGAAGAAACAGGCGGGAAAAAGUUCUUUAAGAGAUCAGAAAUAGAACAAAAACGGCUGCAGAAACUCCGAGAGGAAGAGAAGCGCGAAGCAGAAGCUAAAGCCCUCCGUCAGAAGCAGCAGAAGGAGCAAAAUGAGGGCUCCAAAUCCAACAGCUCAUCCUCAAACCGUGACACAAAAUCCGAGAUCCCUGAAUCCUCUAAAGCCUUAACUGACGAGCAAAAAAUCGACGAGCUCAAUCUCCCGAGGCAAGAGGUUAUCCGCCGCCUUCGUUUUCUCAAGCAACCCGUGACUCUCUUUGGUGAGGAUGAUGAGGCGCGGCUUGAUCGGUUAAGAUUUGUGCUGAAAGCAGGAUUAUUUGAAGUUGAUGAUACUGAUAUGACGGAUGGGCAGACAAAUGACUUCUUGCGUGAUAUUGUCGAGUUGAAGAAGCGGCAGAGGAAUGGAAUUCUGAGUGAUAGGAAGAGGAAGGCGACUCAGGAUGCGAAUGAGGACAAGGAAGGGGGAGGAGGAGAUGACGAUUUGAGCGGGGAUGAGGCGUCCUCUGGUGCAGAUCAUGACAAGGAUUUGAAGAGAAUGAAGACAAAUUUUGAGGAAUUGUGCGAGGAGGAUAAGAUUUUGGUGUUUUUCAAGAAGUUGCUGAAUGAGUGGAACCAGGAGCUUGAUGAGAUGGGCGAGGCAGAGAACAGGACGGCCAAGGGCAAGUCAAUGGUUGCUACUUUUAAGCAGUGUGCUAGGUACUUGAAUCCGUUGUUCAAGUUUUGCAGAAAAAAGGUUCUUCCUGAUGAUAUAAAACAAGCAUUGAUGCUGGUUGUUGACUGUUGCAUGAUGCGAGACUAUCUAGCUGCAAUGGAUCACUACAUUAAAUUGGCCAUUGGUAAUGCACCCUGGCCUAUUGGUGUUACUAUGGUUGGUAUUCAUGAACGUUCAGCUCGUGAGAAAAUUUAUACCAAUAGUGUGGCCCAUAUCAUGAAUGAUGAAACAACACGCAAGUAUUUGCAGUCUAUUAAAAGAUUGAUGACAUUCUGCCAACGUCGUUACCCCACUUUGCCUUCCAAAGCAGUUGAAUUCAACAGUUUGGCAAAUGGUAGUGACUUACAGUCUCUGCUAAGGGAGGAGAGGUCGUCUAGGGCAAAUCACGAGCCAGAGGAAAGGCUUCAGUUGAUGGCUGCUCCAAAGGACAGCUAGUUCAGACUCACAAAUCUUAGUCAUUGGUGGGCUCUGUUCUUUUUUCCUCGCUGUCUUAUUCUAAGAUGUACCCUGUCAUUGAGCUAGUUUCCAUAGUCAGGGAUGUGAAAUGACCGAGUGAUAGUACAUGGUGCUUCUUAUGCUUUCACCAUGACAAUUUCUAUCUUCAAGUAUUGUAAUCUGUACAACCUCUUAAAAAAAAAACAAUUUCUGACGGUUUACUUGAUCAUCCUGUAGCAUCCAUGUUCUCUAUUCUUCACGAAGAAAAGUGACUAAUAUCUACUAUUUUGUGCUUAA